AUGCUUUUGUUAACAUUUUGAUGUUUUCCCAGGUUUUGUCAGUUUGUUCCAGUAACAAACCUGCUGUGGUUGAGGCAGGUGGCAUGCAGGCUUUGGCCAUGCACUUGACUAAUUCCAGCUCAAGGUUGGUGCAGAAUUGUCUUUGGACACUCCGGAAUUUGUCAGAUGCAGCAACAAAAGUUGAUGGUUUGGAGAGUUUACUCCAGUCUUUGGUCCAAGUACUUGCUUCUUCAGAUGUGAAUGUUGUGACGUGUGCAGCUGGAAUUCUUUCUAAUCUCACAUGCAACAAUCAACGUAAUAAAGUGACAGUCUGUCAGGUUGGUGGGGUAGAUGCCCUGGUUCGCACCAUAGUGAGUGCUGGGGAUCGUGAAGAAAUCACCGAGCCAGCUGUCUGUGCUUUGCGCCACUUGACUUCAAGGCAUGUUGAGUCAGAAAUGGCCCAGAACGCUGUUAGACUAAACUAUGGAGUUCAGGUCAUUGUAAAACUAUUGAACCCACCAUCUCGUUGGCCAUUGGUUAAGGCUGUAAUUGGUUUGAUAAGAAACCUCGCUCUAUGUCCAGCAAAUCAUGCUCCUCUGAGAGAACAUGGAGCUAUACACCAUCUGGUACAGUUAUUGAUGAGAGCAUUCCAAGAUACACAGAGGAUUAUUAACAUGGUAGACCCAGUGCCUACUGUUAAUUCCUGUGAUAUUAACAUGGUUAUCCAUGGGGUUGCUACCUAUGCAGCAGCAGUUCUCUUCCGAAUGAGUGAGGACAAACCUCAAGAUUACAAGAAAAGACUCUCAAUGGAAUUAACUAAUUCCCUGUUUCGCGAAGAAAACCUGUGGAACCCGGAUCUCGGCAUGGGGCCUGAUCUACAGGAUAUUUUGAGCCCAGAUCAAGCUUACGAUAUGUAUGGGCAAGGACCUCCUUCAGUGCACAGUAGUCAUGGUGGUAGGCCGUACCAGCAACAAGAUGGAUUUUGAGGAGUAAACCAUUCUAAUAUCUAACAUUUAAGGUGAAUGUA